AUGUCAAGUUCUGCUCAAACACUCUCAGCUUCUAGGUCUCGUAACCAGGCUCGUAAAAAGGUCAAUGACGAUGCCUCAUAUUUCGGUCCUCCCGUUACAGCACCGGGACCGUCUGCUUUGAAGCGACAGGCGAUAGAAAAGGCCGACGGAGAACCCAGACUAAAGCGAAAGAAAGUCGAACCAAAUGUACUUGCAAUGGGGGUUGGAAAGAAAGACGUUGCGGAAGUUGAUACCCGGAGAUCCCUCGUUGAAUUUCAAAAGAUGUCAACUCCUAUGCUCCAUCGAUAUAUGAUACAGUUCGACAUUGUGCCUGGCGUCUACCCAUCGCCACUUACUGCUGAAGACCCCCCAGCACCUUCCUCCCUCGCUGAUCUGGAGCAACAACUCUCUCAAGCUGCCAGCCCUCCAGCGCUGACCCCUGCCAACAGGCCGCGUCGUGAUCCUAAAGAUGCUCAAACUCGACGAAGGAGUUCACGGCUACUGGAAGAAGAACCGCGACACCGUGUACCUGUCCUAGCAGAUGUUCAAGAACUGCACGGUGUUCUUGCCACUAUUGUUGAAAGACAUUUCCGAGAAAUGAAUUCAAUCAGUGGAAGAGAAGAAGUGGAUACCCUAGCAGCAUUCAUGUGUGCAGUUGAGAAAACGAAAAGCGCGAAAUUGAUUGGAAAUGGAUUGUAG